AUGGAGCGUGCCGAUGAGCCCGGAUGCCCUAUUCCUAGAACCACACUUACAAUCGAAGGCAUUGAUCCUAAGGUCUGGCUUGUCGGUAUCGGCGCGCAGUUCCUUGAAGACGAGUGGAGGAAGCUAUUUAUCGAUUCCAAUAAGCCGUUAAACACAAAGGCGAUCUUACACUUUGGGAGACAGCAGAUUCUCACAAACUUUUACAUGUCUGAGUUUUCCAAGGCCUUCUAUGAGACUCAUUUUCCCCUAGAAACCCUGCAGUACGUUAUUGUUACUGAUAUUCGUCGAAAGCACACCAAUCCCUUCCUUCGAGAUCAUAUUUACAAAUCCCAGUCAGUACUUGAGUUUCUGCCCAGGGAGCCGCAAACUUGGGAGUCUCCUUCGCCGGAGACUUGUGGUACUCUUGGUACUCCCAUUGGUAAAGUUGUGACGGCCUUUGUCUUGUGUGCAUAUGGUCAGGGGGUGAAACGGAUUCCACGGAUCGUGAAAUGCGAGACCGGUGAAAACUCGAGUAAAUAUAACCUUCGGUUCGAUAUUGAGGAUGUCUGA